GUGAAAUAUAGUUACCUUGGUAUGCUAUAAAUCCCGAUUUACGUGUACCACGGUCCACGGUACAGUUUUUUCUACAGUUGAUUUUUAAGUUAUAGGACAAUUGAUGACAAUUGAUAAUAUUUCGUUAGGUCGAGAAGAAGUCAAUAUUAAGACGUGUAUGUGACAUUGUGAUUCGUAAGCAAAUAUCAAAGAAGUAAGUAUUCAAAUGCUGCAUUUUAAAAUUAAACAAAUGCUUACAUUUUGGAUAGCUAUAGUUCGAAGUAUAAGAGCCCCGUGUUAUUUUCAGCCAGUACUGUGGAACGGAUGAUUAGAUUAGAUUUGACGGAGUUUUUUUGCACCAUAUUACACAACAAACGCGGGCGAUGAGAACAAGAUUCACUAAAAAAAUUGCUUCGCUAGAUUACGAAAUUCAUACAAGCAAUUUAAGGCUACCUAGGUCCGUCGAAAAGGGAUGCAGACGUACGGCACCAGCGGACAGUCAACGUACCUACCUACCACGUAUUCAGAAGUGGGGUUUUGAAGAGGGAGUAUUUGAGAAAAAUAACCUGUCGACUAGCCGGACCAGACGAUCACCCAACAAACAGUGUUCUGACGUUGGAGUUGAUUUAUACAGCCGUCGUAUUUUUCAAAAGAUCUUACGAUUCUUCAUUUGGUUUUAAUUUACCGACACUUUACUAACAAACGCCGUUGACGUCCAUUGAAAAUCUGAAUACCUUCAAGAUUUUUUCAACAAUGGACGAAAUGAAACAACUAGCCACGACAUUAAUGCAGUAUAGAUCAUUCAAAGAGAGACAAGAAUGUCUGAGCAAAUCACUCGAUCAUCUGUCAUUUGACUGUCCUGAUAUAUACGCAGUGUUGUAUAGAGAGAUAAAAAGAAGAGAACUGGAAUCUAAUGAUCCGAAUAGAAUUGCUAAAUGGUUAAGUAAUCCAGCACAAAAUCCGUAUGUCAAGCUUCAUGAAUCAUUGAUGAUGGUAAAAAAUAAUAACAUCAUGGCCAAAGAGGAGUUUAUGUACAAUUUGAGGGGUAUGUUAAACCAAACAAUUAAAAAUGGUACCAACAUUGAAGCAGCAGUAAAAAUAUGCCAUUUAAUUAGAAAAUCAUCAAACUUGAAAAUAUUUAACGAGAAAUUGAAACAACUCAUUGGCCAAGUAAACCAGUUGAGCAGAACUCAAUGCCAUAUGCCAAAAGAAACCAAGACAGAAAACAUUUGGAGAAACAAUUUCAGACCUCCACAAAUAGACCCUUUCCAGCGAUUUAUUUAUAAAUCUGCUCAACAACAGCAUACCCCUGUUUGGCAAAAUAUGCUGCAAUCAACCAAUACAGAAGCUGCCUGUGGUCAACCACACUUUAGCAUCGAUUGUUACGGGUAUGACCAUCUGGAAAUGAUUGCAAGUGCUACUCCUGUGAGAAACUCACAGACACUUAUCACCCUGACGAUUGUUGAUCAAGGAAUGGAUGGAGCAGUUGCUAAGUGGCUUCAUUAUUUAAAACUACAUAAAUACCAAUGGUUCUUCAAUAGCCUCAAUUAUCUUGAAAUUCUAUUCAUUGACGAGGACAAUAUUGAUGGUUUUAUAGCUAAAGUAAACAAAAACUUUAUUACAAAAGGUGCACAAAAAAAGAUCUGCAUAUCGACAAAGACAUUGAGAGAUCGUCCACAAAAGUUGAAUGACUUAUUAUUGAAAUUGGAUUUGGAAGUUACUCCAAAUGAACUGUGUGAACUCGUGUCAUACAUGCGAGACAUUUUACAUUAUCCCAUACCGAACAAGAACUGUGUUGUUGGUGAUCAAUUACAACAGGACGUAGUCCUUGUCAUGGAGAAAUUGUUAAAUCAACUGCUGGAAAAACUAGGUUUGGUCCAUUCUUUAGUUGCCCAAAGCUUACUUGGAAUGUCCAUCAACAAAUACUUGGAAUGUACAUUGUUAAUUAUUGGUAAUCAAAUGUUCGUGAAACAUCAAAUUGACAAAACAAUGAUGUUUGCUGAUACUUUAAAAUAUAAAGUCCAUAGAAUUCCUAGAAACUUUAUCUAGGUAACACUUUCAAAGUUAUUCAAUAAAAUCUUCAUAUUAGAUAUGCAUUUUUAAGUUGAAUUAUUAUUGUUUGUGAUCUGUUUUUUAUUCAAAAUGGUAUUUAAUUGUUAACAAUCCUAACUUUUAUAUUUUUAUAUGCUUGUAUGUUUUAUUAAAAUGUUAAAUAUUUACAAUAACACAUUUUAUAAUUAGUAUGAAUUUUAAUUUUUGUUAUAUGCUUCAAAAGACAGAUUUAUUUUUUAUUUUAUUGUUUUGUUUAAAAUUAUAUUUUAAGUCAAAUAUAGUUGAAUUUUUGUUUUAUGUUUUACUUUACGUUUAAUGAUUUGCCACUUCAUAUUUAAUGAUUGCAAGGUUUUUGUUUAUAAUAUUUAAAGGGAUGACUAUUAAUUAUUAUUUGUA